AUGGAGUCUUCAGCACCUGUCACGAUUAGUCUGCUUAGGUUUACGGCCCGCUUCUCCCUUGUCCAUUGGGAUGUGUCGGUAGCUAACAAGCCCGAGUACGACGAUUUGAAGGCUGUCGCUCGCCACUAUGCCAAUCUGUGCUCUAAUCUCAUCAAUGGGGGUGCUACCCAAGCCACCCUCGAUCUCUUGAGCAGCGAAGAGUCUUUGAGCCAAGAGGAGACCUUGGAGCCCAAAGCUGAUGCUGCAUCGUCCGACACCCAUGAUGCUCAUGAUCAUCGAUCCCUUCAAGACCAUGACCUCAAUGCCCCUGGUCGACGUGGCGACUCCCAUGCCAAGGGGCACCACUGUAAAACUCAGAGGCCAUCUGGAAACCCCCGCCCGUUGGUGUAUGCAUUCUCGAGAGUGAGGACUACAGACGAACCCCCUCGCACCAUGAAUGAUGGACACAAGACUGAAACUGUGGUUCUUGACCCAGCAUUUGAAGAGAUAACACCCCCCACUGAUGCUGUAACUAAGCGGCCUCGCUACGCGCUACGCGCAGUACGCAAAGACGGCAAUACGCACUGUCGUGCUAUAUGAUUUGGCAGAGACCACAACACAUGCCGAUAUCACCGAUGUGGUUCGAGGUAGCAUGCUGCUCGAAGCGCUCCUCAAAACUCAUGAUCGGUCGGCUCAGAUCUCCUUCUUACAUGCGGCAAGCGCCCAAGCCUUCUACAAUCAUGUCCGUCGAAAUGACCUGUACAUCCGACAAAAGAGGGUGAACAUUAAAUGGAGCGACCGACAAUGUGUUCUACCAGGCCACGUUAGCACAAAAUCGGCAGUGGAGCGACACGCAACUUGAUCGUGCGACGCUGUAGCCCCGAAGUCACAGCAGAGAGCAUACGUGAUGACCUGGAGCACAUACACAAUCUUGUCAUCAUCCGAAUCUCUUUUGAUGCCGGGAGCUAUUUCAUCCAGACCAAUUCAGUGUAUAAUGCCAUGUUCGCCCGCACCUGCAUGAUGAGUCGAUAGUGAGUUGUGCGGCAGCAGAACAAGGAACAUGGAAGCUCGUUCGCUCGAUGCUGAUUGUGUCGUAGCAAGUACAAGGGUUCGAAGGUUGAGUGGGAUGCCGACCGAUGUA